AUGAACAGCAUUGAAGAAUUAGUAAUUCCAUCAACCAAUCUACCAACAUUAAAGGGUGGACCAACUCAUGUUACACAUGAAGUUGUGCAUCCAGCCGAAACAGAAGAGGAAAAUGCCACCUACAACCAAUUGAUGAGUGUAAUUAAAGAGUUGGUUGAUGAGGAUUUUGAUAUAAAUGAUAUUACAUUUAAGCCAAUGACUGGUGGUGUUACAAAUACCUUAUUUAAAUGUUCAUUUGUAAAUAAUCAAGGACAAAAGAAAACAAUUAUUAUUAGAUUAUAUGGAAAAGGAAGUGAGAAUUUCAUCGAUAGAAAAGCUGAAUCCUAUAUCCAAUUUUUAUUGAGUGGCAAUGGUGUCGGUCCAAAGUUUUAUGGAACCUUCAAGAAUGGAUGUAUCUAUGGUUUUGUUGAAGGCGAUCAGUUGGAGUUGGUCGAUCUCGACAAUCCUAAUAUCUUACAACUCAUUGCACAAGAAACUAGAAAGUGGCAUUCAUUGGAUUUGAAUCUCAAGAAACAACCAUCACUCUUGAUCUAUUUGAACACAUGGAUUGAGAAUGUCAAGACUUUAUUAAAGACCGAAAAAGUAGAUAUCAACGUAGACUAUUACAUCAAAGAAACCGAAGAAUUUGUUAAAUUUAUCACCACCAAAUAUAAACAUCCGAGACACAUUAAUUUCUGUCAUAACGAUCUUAUUCCUAGAAAUAUGAUUUAUAAUAGUGGAAAUGAUGUUGUAAAAUAUAUUGAUUUCGAAUAUUCUGGAUAUAAUUAUAGAGGUUUCGAUAUUGGUAAUUUCUUUUGUGAAUUCUCUGGUUUGGAUUUAGAUUAUACUAGAUAUCCAAAGAUGAAUGUGCAAAAGGAAUUUAUUAAUUAUUAUUUAUCUGCAAAUGGUGAUCAACCUACCGAAGAGGAAAUUCACGAACUCUAUAUCGAAGCAAAUCAUUUCACACUUGGUUCUCACUUGAUGUGGGGAUUCUGGGGAAUCGUUCAAAACUUCAACUCUACCAUCGAAUUUGAUUAUAUUGGUUAUGCACUCAAGAGAUUCCAACAAUAUGAUCUUGUAAAGAAGAAGGUUUACAAUCUUUAA